AAAUUUUGCUGUGAAAACACGUGUUUAUUUUGAGGCUUCUCUUUCACUUCAUACAUGUGUGUAACAUUUUCAAUUAAUUGUUUUGUUUGUUCAUUUAUCUUUUAAUUUCUCCAAAAAUGCCAAAAUUUAAGAGUAAAACACCAAAAGAACGCCAUGAUGGUUUACAAAAACAGAGUAUAACCUUCAAUAAGGACCUAGGACAGCAUAUCCUUAAAAAUCCUCUGGUCAUUGAUAAUAUGGUUGAGAAGGCUGCCUUGAGGCCUACUGAUGUUGUGCUGGAAAUAGGUCCUGGUACUGGUAACAUGACAGUCAAAAUAUUACCACAUGUUAAAAAGCUGGUAGUUUGUGAAAUAGAUAUUAGAUUGGUUGGUGAAUUAGAGAAACGUGUCCAAGGAACACCUUAUCGAUCCAAAUUGAAUAUCUUGAUUGGUGACGCAUUAAAGACAAAAUUUCCUUUUUUUGACGUUUGUCUUGCCAACAUACCUUACCAAAUAUCAUCUCCAUUGGUUUUCAAACUUCUUCAUCAUCGCCCCUUUUUCAGAUGUGCUAUUCUUAUGUUUCAAAAAGAAUUCGCACAAAGGUUGGUUGCUAAACCAGGAGACAAACUUUAUGGUCGUUUAGCAGCUAAUGUUCAACUUUUAGCUCGAGUUGACAUUGUUAUGAAAGUUGGAAAGAAUAACUUCAAGCCUCCACCAAAAGUUGAAUCCAGUGUUGUCAGAAUUGAACCAAUCAGUCCGCAGCCAGAUAUAAACUUGAAAGAAUGGGAUGGAAUGCUGAGACUCGUUUUCUUACGAAAAAACAAAACUAUUGGUGCAAUAUUUCGUCUAAAAGCUGUGAUUGAUUUAAUGGAAAAAAAUUAUCGAGUUUAUUGUAGUUUAAAAAAUAUCAAACUUGACGACAAUUUCAGUUGCAAAGAAAUGGUGGAAAAAGUUUUGGAAGAAAGUGGAUUCCAAGAAUCUCGUGCUAGGUCCAUGGAAAUAGAUCAACUUCUUGUACUUUUGUGCGCUUUCAAUUCUAAAGGCUUCCAUUUCGUUGCCUAAUUCACCUUUGAUUAAAAUUAAAUCAAAAUUUGUACAUAAAAUUUUAUUUAUGCUACUAUAAUUAUAAACGUUUAUUGGUAAAAAAA